CUCCUUUGUGAUAUGUUAUUAUUACCACUGGGCUCACUUGAGUCUACAGUACUUUUUUUUUUUGGUCCUGAGAGUGAGAAGAAGGGGGCCAACUCUUUGGAAAUUUUUGUUUUUUUUGCUUUGCAAUAGCACAGAAGUUGUAAUGAGAAAGAAUAGAGUUGUCACGGCUUGAAUGAUUUGAAACGCUGAACAUUCGGAGAGCUGGGCUAUAUAUGAAGAUGGAUAUAUGGAGCUUCAGCAGGAAAGCUCCAACGCUGCGGUGUUAUCCGCCACACCCUCGAGAAAUCUUUCGUCUUCAUCGUCAGCAUUCUUCUCAGCAAAUCAGUCCCCUUUCUUCUCUCCGAGGUCACCACCAAUACAUGCCUCUGAAACCAUCCGUCAGCACACAACAAGCUCGUCCAAUGGCAUUGCUCUGAGAGUCGAUCAUCUCGUUUCCACUACUCUUACUAAACAAUCUGAAUCGUUAUCCAAUAUAAAAUUUCUAGCUUCUGAUGUUUCUCCUGCUCCGAGUUUCUGCACUUCCAGUAAUUUUGGCACUCCAAGCACAGUUUAUAACAAUUCCUGCUUCGUUUCCUCCUUUAAUGGUGCUGGUAAUGGCAGUUCAUCGAAUAACAGCCAAGGAACCAGUAAUGGUUACUUUGCUCGCAGAGAGAAGCAAAAGCGAUCAGCGAGAAGCCAUGGAAAGCUUUCGUUGGCUCGAUCUUCAGCUUCAGUUUCUUCCACUAACAGGCUUAGGAGCUGUGAUGUAUAUAUAGGAUUUCAUGGUCGUAAGCCUUCUUUACUUCGAUUUGCCAAUUGGCUUCGUGCAGAGUUGGAGAUACAUGGAAUUAGCUGUUUCGCAUCUGACAGAGCUCACUGUAGGAACUCUCGCAGCCUCAACACAGUGGGGAGAAUAAUGAAUGCUUCUUCCUUUGGAGUGGUGAUAAUAACGAAGAAGUCUUUCGGAAAUCCUUACAGUAUUGAAGAGCUCAGAGAUUUCUUCGGAAAGAAGAAUUUAAUUCCUAUAUACUUCGAGCUGGGUGCUGGCGAUUGUCUUACGAGAGAUAUAAUAGAGAAGAGGGGGGAGCUGUGGGAAAAACAUGGUGGUGAAUUGUGGAUGGUGUAUGGUGGUUUAGAGAGAGAGUGGAGAGAAGCAGUUGACGGGCUUUUAAGGGUAUCGGAGUGGCAAUUAGAAGCAAAUGAUGGUAAUUGGAGGGAUUGUAUACUACAAGCCGUAGUUCUCUUAGCUACAAGAUUGGGAAGGAGGAGUGUGGUUGAUAGAGUAAAUAGGGGGAGGGAAAGAGUGGAAAAGGACGAAUUUCCUUUUCCUCGAAACGAACUGUUUGUUGGACGGAAGAAAGAACUCUCAGAAUUAGAGCUCAUUUUGUUUGGUGAUGUAAGUGGGGAUGGAGAGAGAGAAUAUUUCGAACUCAAAACAAGGCAUAGACGAAAGAGUCUAUCAAUUGGAUGGUCUGGAAGCUAUCACGGAAAAAAUAUUAAUAAAAAGGAGAAACUGCCAGAAAUUGGAGACAAAGGAAAGGAAAUUGUUUUAUGGAAGGAGUCCGAGAAGGAAAUUGAGAUGCAAAGGAUGGAUAGUCCUCAAAGGCAACACCGCCAACUAAGAGGCAAGAAUGGAGGGCGGCAUGGUAAAAAGAAAGGGUUAUCAAAGAUCCUAUAUGGAAAGGGUAUUGCUUGUGUGUCAGGCGAGUCAGGGAUCGGUAAAACAGAGUUGGUUUUAGAAUAUGCAUACAGAUUUUCUCAAAGAUACAAGAUGGUCUUAUGGGUGGGAGGGGAAAGUCGAUAUAUUCGGCAAAAUUUUUUGGCUCUACGUUCUUUAUUAGAAGUUGAUCUCAGCAUCGAAAACCAUUAUCAUGAGAAAGGAAAAAUCAGGUCCUUUGAGGAGCAAGAGGAAGACGCCAUUGCCCAAGUAAGGAAGGAACUAUCACGAGACAUCCCUUAUUUAGUCAUCGUCGACAAUUUAGAAAGCGAAAAGGACUGGUGGGACCGAAAAGUUAUAAUGGAUCUUCUUCCGUCCUUUGGUGGAGAGACCCACUUCAUAAUAACCACGCGAUUUUCUCACGUAAUGAACUUGGAGCCGAUGAAGCUUUCGUACUUAUCUGGUGUUGAGGCAUUGUCUUUGAUGAAGGGGAGUGUGAAAGAUUACCCAUUAAUGGAAAUCGAUGCUCUCAGGGUAAUUGAAGAGAAACUUGGGAGGCUUACACUUGGCCUUGGUAUUGUCGCAGCUAUUCUUAACGAGCUACCUAUAACUCCGACUAGACUCCUUGAUGCCAUAAAUAGAAUGCCUUUAAAGGACAUGGCAUGGACCGAUAGAGAUACUCUUGCCCUGAAACAACACAAAGCCCUUAUUCAGCUUUUAGAUGUGUGCCUUUCUAUAUUUGAUCAUGCUGAUGGGCCGAUGAGUUUGGCUGCUAGGAUGGUCCAAGCAAGUGGUUGGUUCGCUCCCUCCUCUAUUCCAGUUCAUCUUUUAGCUUUGGCUGCCCAGAAAAUUCCAGAGAAGAAUCAUGGUGUUUCAAUAUGGAAGAAGAUAAUGCAUGCGCUCAGAUGCAGCUUCUCAGUUGCUAACACCAAGAGAUCAGAAGUUGAGGCUUCUUCCAUGUUAAUUAGAUUUGGAAUUGCUAAAUGCAGCACCAGAAAUGAUUACCUGCAUUUCCAUGAGCUUAUUAAGCUAUAUGCUUGCAAAAGAGGAGGUACCCGUGUAGCUCAAGCCAUGGUUCAGGCGGUUUACUUAAGAGGCUCAAUCUCACAAUGCAGUGAACAUCUCUGGGCGGCCUGCUUCUUGGUGUUUGGCUUUCGAUCUGAUACAGUGGUAGUAGAACCGUUGAGACCAUCUGAGUUGAUUUUCUUUGUAAAGCGCAUUGUUCUCCCUCUUUCCAUACAUACCUUCAUCACUUUCUCGCGGUGCAAUGCAGCGUUGGAGCUUUUGCGCCUUUGUACUGAUGCAUUGGAAAUCUGUGCCGAAUCAUUAGUUUCUCGAACUGAUAAAUGGCUCGAUAAGUCAGUUUGCUGUGUUAAAUCGGUGCGAUCGGAUUCUCAGUACACAUAUCUUUGGCAGGAGUUGGCACUUCUGAAAGCAACUGUCUUGGAAACUAGGGCUAAGCUAAUGCUUCGGGGCGGAGAAUAUGAUAGAGGUGAUGACCUUAUAAGAAAGGCUAUAUUUAUCCGGACUUCAAUUUGUGGCGAGCAUCACCCAGACACAAUAUCUGCUCGGGAAACGCUAAGUAAACUUACGAGGCUUCUUACAAAUGUUCAAUUUAGUUAAUUUUGUGUAGCUUUUAACAAAGUUUACUAUAUAUAUUCUUUAAUGUGGCAUCCGCAUAAGAAUCACAGAAACUUCUUAUUGUUCAAAUAACAAGAAACCUAGCGCGAAAUAUCUAUUCUUUUUUCAGUUUUUCCCUUUUGUAUACUAUCUACUUUAUCUUGGCCCUUUUUGCUGUUUUACAGACUGUUGCCCUUUUGUUUCUCCAUUAGAAUGGCUUCUUAUGUAUUGUCGUUAGAGUUA